AUGUUGAUGAACCAGCCCGUCGUAUGGGCAGCCUUCGCGCUGUCCGGAGCCCUCGCGCUGCCCACUUGGCCAUCUGCCGUCGACGAGCUGGAGGAUCUCAUGUUUCUCAACACCGGCUAUCACGCCCGCGGAUUCUCAGCCGGCGUCACUCCGUGCUCGUUCUCCAAGCAGGGCCCGUCUCGAAUUGCGUCGGCCGAGUGGGUGCGCACUGCAUUCCACGAUAUGGCUACAGGCAACGUCUUUACCGGCGUCGGCGGCCUCGAUGCCUCGAUCGUGUUUGAGCUAGGCGGCAGAGGAGGAGAAAACAUCGGCGCAGGAUUCAACACCACGUUGGAGACGUUCACCCCUUUCUUCUCGACGCGGUCGUCCAUGGCCGACCUGAUAGCCCUCGGCGUCCGCACGGCAGUCAGGUCCUGCGGCGGACCGGUCAUCCAGGUCAAGGCCGGCAGAGUCGAUGCCACUGCACGGGGGCCAAUAGGGGUGCCGGUGCCGGAGAACUCGCAGGGCACCUUUAUCAAUCAGUUUACGCGCACUGGAUUCGAUAUCGCGGACAUGAUAGCUGUUACCGCGUGCGGACAUACGAUGGGCGGCGUCCACGCCUCGAACUUCCCCCAGAUCGUGAUUCCGGGGUCUGCGCCAGAGGACUUCCAGCUGUUUGACUCGACUGCCGCCUUCGACGAGAAGGUCGCGGUGGACUUUGUGGGCGGAGUGACCGGGAAUCCCCUUACCAGCUCGACGGCAAAGAGAAACCAGCGGGAUUCGGAUACAAAGGUCUUCACGGCCGACCAGAAUGUCACCAUCAAGGCGCUGGCUGACCAGGCAACAUUUCGGACGACAUGCGCCAGGGUUCUCCAGAAGAUGAUAGAGGUUGUUCCUGCAGGCGUGAACCUGACGGAACCCCUAGAGCCAUAUGAAGUGAAGCCGAGUGGGCUGCAGCUGUACCUGGCCGGCAAUGGCAGCACCAUUUCUUUCACUGGCGAGAUCAGGGUCAGGACCACUGUCCGGCCGGCAACAUCGAUCGCAAAGGUCGAGCUUGUUUACAAGGACCGUAUGGGAGGCUCCAGCUGCGGAUCAUGUGUUAUCAGUACCGAAUACAAGGGUGCCGCCGAAGGCUUUGAUGACUCCUUCGCUUUCUACGGAUUUGAUGCCAGCCUCCCCGUCGAGUCGUCCAUCUCCCAGUUCAACGUACGGAUAGUCCUUACCACGGGUGAGACAGUUAUUUACGAUAACAAUGCGUCGGGAUACCCUGUCCAGGACACUAUCAUGCUCCAGCCUAAGCAGAGUUGCGUCGUUGGGGGAAAUGCGCCUGGGAAUCUCGUUGUAGUAGCCGCUGUCCGGGACAGUGCUAAUUCACCAGAGGUGAAGCUCGCUGUCACGACGAAAACGCCGCGAAGUUGCUGUGUGACUCCAGCCUUGACGACUCAGUCGGUCCCAAUGCUAUCACAGACAACUGUUGGCCCAUAUACGCUGUAUUCCGGGAACUUCACCCUCGCAGCUGCGUACAGAUCCAGUGCCAAGUUUGAUGUCUCCCUCUCGAGCGGCGGAGCGGUGGUAUCGGAUUCAUUCAAGAACACCGCCGACCUAGGCUCAAUGUGCGUUCCCUUUGGCUCCAACGGCACUACGAUGCCGGAUUACACCUUUGAUGGAUGCUACACCGAUACUCCCGAGUCGAGAGCUCUGACUGGUGCUGCAUUCGUGGACGGGAACAUGACGGUUGCCGCAUGCUCUGGCCUGUGCAAAGGCUACCAAUUCUUUGGCCUCGAGUAUGGGACUGAAUGUUACUGCGGAAACUCAAGGAGCAGCUCCAGCAUGCAAGCGCCCGAGUCAGAAUGUAACCAGCCAUGCGGUGGUGAUAGCUCUGAGACUUGCGGUGCAGGGUAUCGGAUUGGUAUCUAUAAAGACAAGACAUGGAUUCCCACCACCAACCCUCAGAUACCCGGGUACAACUAUACGGGAUGCUACAGCGACUCCCCCAGUAACCGAACCCUAUCAGGCAGCUUGACAUAUAACGAGAAGAUGACGGUGGAGCUGUGUGCCGCUUUCUGCAACGGCACGAAAUACUUUGGUAUUGAGUACUUCAGUGAGUGUUACUGUGGAGCCGAUCUAUUCCCAGAGAGCACCAUGCAGCCUGAAUCAGACUGUGGCUUCUUCUGCUCGGGAAACAAAACUCAGCACUGUGGUGGUAACAAUAGGAUAAACAUAUAUACGAAAAUCGACACGUGA